UUUUUUUGCUUUUCUCUGUGCAAAUCUUGGAAAAGGAAAAGCCUUUUCCUCUCUCUCAUUUUUUUAUUUUUCUCAACUCUCUCAAGCCUUUUUAGAGUGGAGUCAAGCAUGCAGUGAACCAGAGAUAUCACUCACCCAACAAACUAGGGUUGCCCUUAUUUGGUUUUCCUCCAAACCAAACAGCAGUCAUUUAGGCCUCUUCUGGUGCUUUUCGCUGUCUAGGCGAGUUAGAGAGAAAAAAAUCAAGGAAGAGAGAGAGAGGGAUAGAGAACGAAGAGCUAAGCAGCUGGAGUGUACCAAAAAAGGGUUUGCUUGCCUUCUUUCUCUUUCUUUCUCUCCAAAAGAACCCCUUAAAACAUUUCCUUCGCUAGAGAGGGAGUUGGAGACAUUUGGAUUAACUCUGAACCGUCUGUCUCCUCUGCCUCUCUGUGCUUUUUCUUUCUCUUACAAAAAAGAGAUCAUUUUUUUCUGUCCAAAUAUUUAUAUUUUUUCUUCUCAUUUUGUGUGGAGAGAGCAAAUUACGUGGUCAUUAAGCGAAGUGGGUGUAAAUUUGUAAAGAAUAGGAGGAGAAUCUGGUGUGUUAGGAGGAGUUAAGAAGAAGCAAGCAAAGAAAAGAGAGUUGGGCUUUUUCUUUUUGAUGAGUUUUGGGGGUUUUCUUGACAACAGUACCGGCAGUGGUGGCGGUGCAAGAAUUGUGGCUGAUAUCUCUUACAACAACACUUCAAGCAGCACCCACAGCAACAAUAUGCCCUCCAGUGCACUUGCUCAGCCACGUCUUGUAACUCAGUCUCUCACUAAGUCCAUGUUCAACUCUCCAGGACUCUCACUCGCCCUUCAGACAAAUGCGGAUGGGCAAGGCGAUGUGACGAGAAUGGCUGAGAAUUUUGAGACCAACGUUGGGAGGAGGAGCCGAGAGGAAGAGCACGAGAGCAGAUCUGGGAGUGAUAAUAUGGAUGGUGGUUCUGGGGACGAUCAAGAUGCUGCUGAUAAUACCAAUCCUCGUAAGAAAAAACGAUACCACCGACACACCCCGCAGCAAAUCCAAGAACUUGAAGCGCUGUUCAAGGAGUGUCCUCAUCCUGAUGAGAAGCAAAGAUUGGAGCUCAGCAGAAGGCUUUGCUUGGAGACCAGACAAGUCAAAUUCUGGUUCCAAAAUCGCCGAACCCAGAUGAAGACUCAACUGGAACGCCAUGAGAACUCACUGCUGAGGCAAGAGAAUGACAAACUUCGAGCGGAGAACAUGUCGAUUCGGGACGCAAUGAGGAACCCAAUUUGCUCAAACUGUGGUGGUCCUGCAAUUAUAGGAGAGAUAUCACUCGAAGAGCAACACCUCAGGAUCGAAAAUGCCCGAUUGAAGGACGAGUUGGAUCGAGUUUGUGCCCUCGCUGGGAAGUUUCUAGGCCGCCCCAUUUCGUCCCUGGCCACAUCAAUGGGGCCUCCACUACCGAGCUCAACCUUGGAGCUCGGAGUUGGGAGCAAUGGCUUUGGUGGGUUGAGCUCUGUGGCUACAUCAAUGCCAGUGGGGCCUGAUUUUGGAGGUGGGAUUGGGAGCGCCAUGUCAGUUGUGCCUCACUCUAGGCCUAGUGUGACCGGCCUGGACCGGUCGAUGGAGAGAUCGAUGUUUCUAGAGCUUGCCUUGGCUGCCAUGGAUGAGUUGGUGAAGCUGGCUCAGACAGAUGAGCCACUUUGGCUGAGGAGCUUGGAGGGUGGAAGAGAGGUUUUGAACCAUGAAGAAUACAUGAGAAGUUUCACUCCUUGCAUUGGGUUGAAGCCAAAUGGUUUUGUUACCGAGGCUUCUAGGGAGACUGGCAUGGUCAUUAUCAACAGCUUGGCCCUUGUUGAGACUUUGAUGGAAUCGAAUCGGUGGUUGGAGAUGUUUCCUUGUUUGGUUGCUAGAACCUCGACCACUGAUGUCAUUUCUAGUGGAAUGGGAGGAACUAGAAAUGGUGCACUUCAACUGAUGCAUGCUGAGCUACAAGUACUAUCCCCUUUGGUUCCGGUUCGGGAGGUAAAUUUCCUCCGCUUCUGCAAGCAGCACGCAGAGGGCGUGUGGGCUGUGGUCGAUGUGUCGGUCGACACCAUCCGUGACACCUCCGGUGCACCUACAUUUAUGAACUGCAGGAGGCUCCCUUCUGGUUGUGUUGUGCAAGAUAUGCCUAAUGGGUAUUCUAAGGUUACAUGGGUUGAGCAUGCAGAGUACGAUGAGAGCCAAGUCCACCAGCUCUACCGACCCAUGCUGAGCUCCGGCAUGGGCUUCGGCGCGCAACGGUGGGUCGCUACCCUCCAACGCCAAUGCGAGUGCCUCGCCAUUCUCAUGUCCUCCUCCGUUCCCACCCGCGACCACACUGCGAUCACGGCGAGCGGGCGGAGGAGCAUGCUGAAGCUGGCGCAGCGGAUGACGGACAACUUCUGUGCUGGCGUGUGUGCGUCCACAGUGCACAAAUGGAACAAGCUGAACGCGCGGAACGUGGACGAGGACGUCCGGGUCAUGACCAGGGAGAGCCUUGACGACCCGGGCGAGCCGCCCGGGAUCGUGCUCAGCGCUGCCACUUCAGUCUGGCUGCCCGUCUCCCCACAGAGGCUCUUUGAUUUCCUGCGUGACGAACGACUCAGGAGCGAGUGGGACAUACUCUCCAACGGUGGGCCCAUGCAGGAGAUGGCCCACAUCGCCAAGGGCCAGGAUCCAGGCAACUGCGUCUCCCUCCUUCGCGCCAGAGCAAUGAACGCAAACCAAAGCAGCAUGCUGAUCUUGCAAGAGACAUGCAUAGACUCUGCGGGAGGCCUUGUGGUAUACGCGCCUGUUGACAUUCCGGCCAUGCACGUUGUCAUGAACGGCGGGGAUUCCGCCUACGUGGCGCUCCUCCCGUCCGGGUUCGCCAUUGUCCCGGAUGGGCCAGGCUCGCGUGGGCCUAUGACCGUCAAAGGUGGCGGUCACGGAAGCAGCAAUGGGGGAGGAGGCGAGGACGCCACGCAUAGAGUGAGUGGGUCCCUACUGACAAUGACGUUUCAGAUCCUGGUGAACAGCCUGCCCUCAGCCAAGCUGACGGUGGAGUCGGUGGAGACCGUCAACAACCUCAUCUCGUGCACUGUCCAGAAGAUCAAGGCCGCCCUACAUUGUGAAAGCUGAUUAUCUGAUCGGGUCCUAUUGUGUGGGUCACGUGAUCCAACCUCACCGUAGCUUCUUUUUUUUCUCUUUUUGUUGACACUAUUGACGUCGUGUUGUGCAUGUGCAUGAAGGUGGUGGUGGCGGUGGUUUGUAGUUAUUUUAGGUGAUUGUGUGUGAGUGAGAGAGUGAGCUGAAGACUCUGAGUGGUGGGUAUGAAGAGUAAUGCGGUGGGGGUGUUGAGUCAAGAACGAACCGCACGUGUGUGAGAGUGGUGUUGUCAGCAGCAGCAGCAGCAGCACAAGGCAAAGGCUGGUGGUGGUUCGGGUAUUGACUCAGAGGACCCCUAAAUUUGAGUAAACGCGUUUGGCUUAAGAGGCAACAAGCGUAAAUUAUGAAGCAGACAAAAAAAAAUGUGAAUGAAAAAAUUGAGAGAAAGGGUCUCUUUUUAUAAUUAUUAAUUUUCAUUUAAAUUAUUGUGAAUUUCAUUUUCUGUAUUAUUUAUUUAUUUUGUGGUUGACUUGAGAAUGACUCUGGCAAUGUUUAAUGAGUGAAAAUUCUCUCUUGUAUUUACCAAAUGCAAAUACCCUUCUUUCU